GGGGCCGGCCGCCUGUCAGAGGGAGGUGGCGAUGGUGAUCCCGGUGGCGGCUGCGGCUGCGGCGGCUUCCUCGGUCGGGUUGCAGGGAGGAGAAGAUGACUGACCAACCGACUGGCUGAAUGAAUGAAUGGCGAAGCCGAGCGCGCCAUGAGGAGCCUGCCGAGCCUGGGCGGCCUCGCCCUGUUGUGCUGCGCCGCCGCGGCCGCCGCCGCUGCCUCAGCCGCCUCGGCGGAGAAUGUCACCGGUGGUGGCGGGGCGGUGGGGCAGGUGGACGCGUCGCCGGGCCCGGGGCUGCGGGGCGAGCCCAACUAUACUUUCCCUAAGGUGACAGUUCCCACGGCCCAGGCCCGGAGGACCGGACCCCCGCGCACUACCGUCCGUCGACCCCUGGCUGCGACCUCUUCAGCCCGGUCUCCGGAGACUACCCCUCUUCGGGCGUCAGCCGGACCUGCUUCCACCACCUUUCAGGCGCCGCUUGGCCCCUCGCAGACCACCUCUUCCUCAGCGGAGCGCACUUCGGCCACCCCUCUGGCGCCGACCAUCCUUCCGACGACCACUGGCCCGGCGCUGACCACCCCUGUAGCCACCACCGAUCCGGCGCCCACUGCUCCUCGGACCCUGACCUCCGUUCUCCCCAGCAACAGCAGCAGCGUCCUGCCCACCCCACCUGCCACCGAGGCGCCCUCUCCGCCUCCCCCAGAGUAUGUAUGCAACUGCUCUGUAGUCGGGAGCCUGGAUGUGAAUCGCUGCAACCAGACUACAGGGCAGUGUGAGUGUCAGCCUGGCUAUCAGGGACUUCUCUGUGAAACCUGCAAGGAGGGCUUUUACCUGAAUCACACUUCUGGUCUCUGUCUGCCUUGUGACUGUAGUCCACAUGGAGCCCUCAGCAUGCAGUGCAACAGUUCUGGGAAAUGCCAGUGCAAAGUGGGGGUCAUUGGCUCUUCAUGUGACCAAUGCCACAAUGGAUAUUACGGCUUUAGCAAGAACGGCUGCUUUCCCUGCCAGUGCAAUAAUCGGUCCACCAGUUGUGAUGCCCUCACAGGUGCUUGUUUAAAUUGCCAGGAAAAUAGCAAAGGAAAUCACUGUGAAGAAUGUAAAGAAGGAUUUUAUCAAAGUCCUGAUGCCACUAAAGAAUGUCUGCGCUGCCCUUGUUCAGCAGUGACCUCUACAGGCAAUUGUACCAUAAAAUUUGGUGAGUUGGAACCUGAAUGUGUCCAGUGUAAAGAAGGUUACACAGGCCAGAACUGCAAUAUAUGUGAAAAUGGCUAUUAUAAUUUUGACAGCAUCUGUAAAAAGUGCCAAUGUCAUGGCCAUGUGAACACAACUCAAAAUCCAAAGAUUUGCAAGCCCGAGAGUGGUGAGUGCAUCAACUGCAUCCAUAACACCACUGGGUUUUGGUGUGAAAACUGCCUGGAAGGUUAUGUUCAAGACCUCGAGGGAAAUUGCAUCAAGAAAGAAGUUAUUGUUCCAACACCUGAAGGUUCUACCAUUUUGGUUUCCAAUGCCUCUUUGACCACAUCUGUGCCCACCCCUAUUAUAAAUAGUACAUUUACCCCCACAGCCCUGCAGACUAUCUUUUCAGUAAGCACUUCUGAAAACAGCACUUCAACUUUAGCGGAUGUAUCAUGGACCCAGUUCAACAUCAUAAUUUUGACAGUCAUCAUCAUUGUGGUAGUGCUGCUAAUGGGAUUUGUGGGGGCUGUGUAUAUGUACCGGGAGUACCAGAACCGGAAACUCAAUGCCCCCUUUUGGACCAUCGAGCUGAAGGAAGACAAUAUCAGUUUCAGCAGUUACCAUGACAGCAUUCCCAAUGCAGAUGUGUCAGGAUUGUUGGAAGACGAUGGCAACGAAGUGGCUCCCAAUGGGCAACUGACCCUGACGACACCCAUACACAACUACAAAGCCUAAGGGGCUGGAGCUGUUCUCCUGGGUUGUUAAACCACAGUGCUUACUAGUCUAGUGUCCGUUCCUGGGCUGGACAAAGCCUGGGUAGAGUUUGCUGAGAAAGCAAAGACAAGUAGUGCAUCUGAAAUUCUCGGGUACAAAUUUGUAAUGCGCUUAGCCUGUCUAUUGCUCUUAGUUUUCCCAUGAGGAUCUGAAGCAUUUGUUGUUGUAAAGGACUUGAAGCAAAGUAUAUUUUUGUACCACAUAGAAGUAAGGAAAAGCUGGACCCCACAGUGCAUCCCAAAUCUACUUUGACCUCCAAAUGGACUCCUGGGAAGUGUUCACCAAACCAGUGGUAACAAGAUGAUGGAGGGGAAGGGACUGCUGAAAGACUUCAUCUCCAUUCCUGAAACACAUCUUUUUAAAAGAGGAUCAGAGAUUAUAUUCAUUUUACUGAACUAAAAGACAUCAUUGAAGAAAAGCUGGUGUCUGGCCUGUAUCACAAUAAGCAAAUCUUGAUUCUUUCUAGAAUAGAGGUAGAAAAGUCCCAAGAUGUUCAGAGGAACUUGAUUUUUUUCCUCCCUGGAUUCUUAAUCAGUGAUGACAUUAAAGCACAGGAUAAGCUUCUCUUGGUAGAGGAAAGCAGCUCUGGGAAGUAGGAAGCUGAUGGUCCUCCUCAGGGUCUCAGUGUAAAUGAUAAAUUGUCUAAAAAUAAGGAAUAUUCCUGCCUGGGGAGAAAUAAGGUGUACAUAAUUAAUGUAGCAUAUCUGGCCAACAUUGUAUCUAUUUGUAAAAAAAAAUCAUGUCAUAUUUUAUCAUCUAGAAUUUAUUUGUACAGUAGUUAAUGGCAUUGUAAAAAGAAAAUAAGGGGAUUGCUUAAAAUACUGUAAAAUAGUUGGCAAUAUUGCUAGACUAGAGCUGGGACUCUGGUGAGCAUCAGUCAUUUUUAGUCCCUCUUUGGACACUGUUGAAAUUUGUAAGAGGUUGAAUGUUUCUAAUUUUUCUUUCCUUUCUCAGUCUAAAAGUAGAGUUACGUGCUCUUUGACUUACUAUAGAUUCAAGCAAUAGAUUUUGAAGUUAAUAAUUGUUGAGCUGGGACACAGGCAGCAUUCUCCAAAAUACUCAUCUAGUUAGACACUAUCCACUCUAUGUAGAUUUACAUUAACAUAAAACAUAUCGUCAUUGAAAAAAUUUUUUUCCUGAAUGUAAAAGAUAGUCUUCCAAAGGAGGAAAAAUAUUUUAGUUCCAAAAGAAAAGCCAUUAUACCACUUGGAAUCUCUAGUUUUCAUGCCUGUGAAAUAUUUGUAUCUCCCUGCCCAUAAAAAAAAUCUGCAUUUGAACAUGACCUAUCAUUCAUUGCCACAAGGUAUGUGCCAUCUCCCUGCUAUGAUUCUCCCAUCUUUUUGUCUGGUUAGAGGGUAGCUCUGUAGUUAAGUGUGUAUAAUUAGUCCUUUUAGAUGCAGUUUUCUUCCUAGAGGCCAACUACUGUUGCUUUCUUUCACUUAUUGUUAUAUUGACAGAUUGUGGGCUAAACAAGCCAGAAAAAGUGGUCAGAAGUCAAAUAUAGAUAUUAUUUAGGAGGAACAGCAAACUGUGAAGUGGUUAGAAAAAAGCAAAGACUUCAUAUUAGAGUAGACUUAGGAAAUACAAGUUGACCCCUUUGCCUAACUUCCCUAGAGAAAAGGCAAGAAUCUGGUCAUCUCUUUAUAGGAGAUCUCUAGAUUGUUCUCAGGGUUUGGAGAUGUGUUGAGGAUAUACGGGCAAGUAAUCGGUUUCCGGGGACCUGAGGUACUCUGCACAUUUGGCCAUUGCUCUCAGAGUAGAGGUUACAUUACAUUGUAUUAAAAUUAUGUGAUUUUUCCGUAACCUUUUGUAGUUUGCAAAGCACUUUUUCACAUGUAUAUCCUUUGUUCCUCACCGUACCCCCAAAGAAGAAAUUGUUGUUGCCAUUUUAUAGAUGAGGAAGCUGAGGCACAGCGGGGGUAGUUGUCUUGUUCAAGGCUACACAAUGUCAUUAUUGUCACAGUGUCAUUAUUAGGGUUGGAAUCAGGACUCUUAACUCUAAAGCACAUGUUCUUUCAAGUAUAUACUAAUGCAGAAAUGUCCUAGUCAUGGACACAAGAAGUGUGGGAGGAAGAGUCCUAUUGUGGAUGUUUCUAAUUUUUUUUAAGUACCAAGUGCAAUCCAGGGCCAUACACCUAUGAAGGACUUAUUAGAAAGAAUACAGGAAGAUUGCUGUUUGAAGCAGGUAUUAGUGAUAAGAAAACAAAACUACCAGUUUGCGUGCUUCGUUAAAGUGAACUUACCUCUUCAAGGAGGAAGGGAAAACUUGCUUUCCCCAGUAGUUGCUGCAGGUGGCUGCGCAAUUCUAAGGAAGUGGGCAGAGUUGUACACCUGCCUUUCUCCCAGAUACUCCUCUGACCAAAAAGAAAGUCAGGAAUGAGGUUAGGGAGAAAUAUAUAUUAGUUAAACAAGUUAACCCAAUAGAAAAAGAAGUAUUUGUUGGAACUUGAGAGCCAAAGCCAAAUAGAAUUCUGGCCAUAUAAAGAUUCCUUAAAAUAGAACCUAAAAGUUGCAAAAAUUGAAUCACAAAAAAAUGUUUACCUUAAAAUUCUUGUUAACAUCUCCUAGGGUCGUGUUCUUAAUUUUUCCUGAUGGAAAAACAAAUCUUAAUAAUUAUUUUAAAUAAUAUACUUUAGUGUCACCAGCUUUUUGCUUGUGGAAAUAAUUUUGCUUUAAAAUACAAUUCAAUCAUGAAGUGAUCUACCACUGAAAUUAGAUUAGAAAACUAGCAUGGAAUGCACUGCGCAAUAUUCAUUCCUCUAAAGCAGCGAUUCUCAACCUGUGGGUCGCGACCCCUUUUUAACAAUGAAAAUACAUUGUGGCAUUAGGAAGGUUGAGAACCACUAAGGCACCAUUACCAUGAACUAUGGCAACCAGCAGGACAGCAUUGGUCUAGAAAGCCUGAUUUGUCUAAAGAUUAGAAAUGUGUUAUUAUUAAAGAACAUAAGACUGCUGUGAGUCUUAUUGAAUAAUGACAGGUACUGCUAUUAAGUGAUACUUUUAUCACUUUAUAUAUGAUUCAUUUUACUAAGCCCUUAUGCAUUUCUUAUAGUUGGAUGCCCUGGGUAGUGUUAAGUAUGUCUUUGUCCUCCCUUACUGCCUCCUCCCCUUUCCUCCCCCCUCUAUCCCACAGGGCUCUCUUAUUAAUGGAAUUUCUUCAGUUAUAGAGAAAAAAAAACAGUAAUAAAAAACUAAACCUCAUUUAUACUAAAGUCCUGUGGGACCUAGUGCAUUACUCUUCCCAGGGAGACCUCGGUUGGGAGAACAGAACAGACAUAGGAUGAGAGGAGAGAGAAAUUUUGUAAAUAGGAUUUGUAGAAGCCUCAAAUUAUAUUCCUAUUCUCUAGUCCCAAUAUUCCUAGGAAAAUUGACCAUGAAACAAUUGCUCACUGACCUACUAGCUCAGACUUUGGUCAGCUGGGUACCUUCAGAAUAUUUAGUCCUUGUGCUAUUUUGGAAGCAGCUGAAGCAACAGUACUUCCUCUUGACAGCUUCAGGUAGAACUGAGUUAUUAUUAUUAGUUAGCUAAUUCACCUUGGUCCUAUAUUUUUCAUAGGACACCUGAUGAACAUAGCACCACUUAUAAUGAGCAUCCGUCAUACUUUUAAGGUAUAUUUUAAGGUAUGUGGAUAGGCAUUGAAUUUCCACACAGGAAGGAAAGGUCUCUACAAAAAGUUCAGAGAAGUAAAAAAACAAUCUAGUGCAACCUGUUAGAACAGGAAAGCAUUUUGGCCUCAUCCACAAAGAACCUUUGGUAUGCUGUGAUCUUCCUGAUAGUAAGGAAUGUGGAGCUAAAAUGAGUUUGGUGUAUGUGGGGGAGUAAAGCAAGGUUAAUGCGUUUUUCUCUUUAACCCUGAGCCAGAGACUAUGCCAAGGGGAAAAGCAGGAAGAAUACACUGAUUCAUCUGAACAAGUCAAGUAAUAUCCAAUGAACUAAAAUGUCAGUGGUUGAAUGAUCCAAUGUUAUGGAUCAUUAAAAUGUCAGUGGUUGAAUGAUGCUUUUUCAGAGGCAACUGGAAAUCGUUCUUGCUUGUUACUUAAGCACAUGCAGUAACUGCAGCAGCAGCCCUCGAGCGUGAGCCCAGGGCUUCAGAUCUAAGUUAGUCUGUAAGCUACAUGAUUUAAAGUCAAGUUUUAAUGUUAGGAACAAGCACUCUGUAAUACAUUAAAUUUUAGCCCAAGCAAUUAGGAAAUGUUUCUGAAACAUUAAACUUGUAUUUAUGUCACUAAAAUUCUAACAUAAAUUUUAAAAAUGUGUCUCAUACAUAUGCUGUACUAGGCUUCAUGAUGCAUUUCUAAAUUUGUGUAUGAUUUGAAUAUAUGAAAGAAUUUAUACAAGAGUGUUAUUUAAAAUUAUUAAAAAAAUAAAUGUAUAUAAUUUGUACCUAU